AUGGAGGCUGACGAAGAGAAUUUAUCAAAUGUGAAUCGGGCGUUUUUGGAGGAAGAAACGGUAAUGGAAGAUGAAAAAUUGGAAAAGGAAGUGAUUAAAUGCGAGGAGCAAUGCGGGUUUUUUCCUGAAUUGCGUGAUUCGAAGUUAAGUGAUUGUCAUGUGAAAGAUGAAGUGGUUGUGACAGAGGAGAAACCGGCGGAAGUGGAAGGUGGAGUAGAGUGUGCUAUUGUGGACAGAGAUGAAGCGGUGGAUAAGGGAUUGGAGGCGGAGGUGGCGAGGGAGCGGAAUGCAGAAGGUUGCGAGGAACUCGUUUUUAAUGUAAUUGAUAGUGGACAGGCGGGCCAGGAGACGGUGGAGGGAAUUCCGGUGGUGGAAGGUGAAGUGGAAGCGGUGGAAGAUGGUGGUGAAAUGGCUGUUUAUGAUGUUGGGAAUUUAGAACUCGGCAAAAAAUGUGGGGAAGAAUUGGUGCUAGUGGCUGACACAAAAGUGGAGAUGGUGAUCGGGAGAGAGGAAUUGGAGGCAUCACAUGGUGGUGAAAUGACUGUUUCUGAUGUUGGGGAUUCUGAACUAGGUAAAAAAGGCACGGAAGAAUUGGUGCCACUGGCUGACGCAAAGGUAGAUAUGGUUGUUGUGAGAGAGGAAUUGGAGGCAUCAUGUGGUAGUGAAAUGGCUGUUUCUGAUGUCGGGGAUUUAGAACUAGGUAAUAAAGGCGGGGAAGAAUUGGUGCCGGUGGUUGACACAAAAGUGGAGAUGGUGGUUGUGAGAGAGGAAUCAGAGGCAUCGCAUGGUGGUGAAAUAGCUGUUUCUAAUGUUGGGGAUUUUGAACUAGGUAAAAAAGGCGGGGAAGAUUUGGUGCCAGUGGCUGACUCAAGAGUGGAAACGGUGGUUGUGAGAGAGGAAUUGGAGGCAUCAGAUGCUAAAACUGAGACAGAGAUUGAGCUAGAGAUAGGUGAUAGAGAGAAGUUUGAAAAUGAGGAAGUAGCGGGGGUGGAGCCAAUGGAAUUUCAAAUGGUGGAAAGCAAUACAAAGGUAUCGAUAGAGGAUGCUAUAGACUGUAAGGAGAAGGUUGCUGUUGACUUAAAUGAUUCAGAAAUUGAGGUUGCUGACGAAGUAACUGUAGAGGAGAUUUCGACCUCCAAAGCCAAAAUGGAGUUUGGGAUGACAAAUGAGGCUAAUUCUGAGGUGGCCAGAGCCAGUACCAGUACCAGUGCGAGUGCAGGAGAGCAGGUUCAUGUAUUAGAUGGUGGUGUGGGAGUUGUUGGAACUCAGUCAUUGGAGGUCGUAUACGGUGAGUAUGCUGACGAUAAAGGUCUGGUUGCUGAGGAUAACUUACUGAUGGAAACCGAAGUGGUGCAGGAGAAGGAUAUAAAUCUGGAUGUUUCAAAGGCUUCAGAGUCAGAUGAGCCUGCUAAUAUUGCUGAAACUGCAGAGGAAGCAGUGGCUGAGGAGGAGAUUCCAGCAGCAGAUACUGAAAUGGAAACAGAGACAGAAACUGUGAUGGAGGCAAAAAGUGGCAAUUUGUCCGAGAGGAUUUCAUUCAAGGACACAAAAUUGGCAAUAGAGAGUGAAAUGGGGAUUGAGAAAACAAAUGACGAUGUGGGUGAGUCUGGUCAGGAGUUGGGUGAUUCACUGGCUGCUGUAAAAGAUGAAGAGGAUGAAGCAAUGGUUGCUGAGGAGGAGGCAGGGAUUCACAACACUGAAAUGGAGACUGAAAUUAAUGUGGCUGACACUGGGAAAGUUUCUGGAGGUAAGCAGAAGAAAGGAAAGAAAUCAAAGACUCCAUCAAGUUCGAAGACUGCAGCAAAAGCUUCAGGGAGGAAGCUUGUGGGAGAUGAUGUUUGUUUCAUUUGCUUCGAUGGUGGGGACCUCGUGAUGUGUGACCGCAGAGGUUGCCCAAAAGCAUAUCAUCCUUCUUGUGUUAAUAGAGAUGAGGCAUUUUUCAAAGCCAAGGGGAUCUGGAAUUGUGGUUGGCAUUUGUGCAGCAUUUGCGAGAAGAAUGCACACUAUAAGUGUUAUACAUGUGCAUUUUCCUUGUGCAAGGGUUGCAUUAAAGAUGCUGUUAUUUUAUGUGUUCGUGGAAACAAAGGCUUUUGUGAGACCUGCAUGAGAUUUGUCUUGUUAAUUGAGAACAAUGAACCAGGAAACGAGGAUGCUGAAAUAGAUUUUGAUGACAGAAAUAGCUGGGAGUAUCUCUUCAAGGAUUAUUAUAUAGAACUGAAGUCUAAACUUAACCUAUCUUCAGUUGAAGUUGCCGGUGCUAAGAAUCCAUGGAAGGGAACAGCUGGCACCAUCAAACAAGAGUCACCAGAGGCACAGAUAGACGCUAAUGAUGGACGAGGAUUUGACUCUGACGCUAUUGAAAAAUUCGAAACCCGGAAACCUAAGAGAAGAAAGCUAAAGAUACAAUCCAAACCCCCCUCCAAAAAAGAGGAAUCGGUAAGUUUAGGUGCAACAGCUGGAGAUGAAUGCAAUUUUGUAUCUGACAACACUAAGUGGGCAUCCGAAGAGCUUCUUGAAUUUGUUUCACACAUGAAAAAUGGUGACAUUUCUGUCCUAUCUCAGUUUGCUGUACAAGCUCUCUUGCUUGACUAUAUCAAAAGAAACAAACUUCGUGACCCACGUCGGAAAAGUCAAAUUAAAUGUGAUGCCAGAUUUGAAAAUUUAUUUGGAAAAUCACGCGUUGGACAUUUUGAGAUGUUAAAACUUCUUGAAUCUCAUUUUCUUAUAAAAGAUGGUUCACCUAUGGAUGAUGCUCAAGGGAGUGUUGUUGACACUGAAAGUGACCUGUUGGAGGUUGAUGGGAAUGCUGACACCUUAAACAAGGGGGUUAAAGAUAGGAAACGUAAAAUGCGUAAAAAAGGUGACAACCGUGCUCCUCAAUCAAAUGUUGCUGAAUAUGCAGCAAUCGACAUGCAUAACAUUAGCUUAAUUUACCUACGGCGAAAGUUGAUGGAGGAUCUACUUGAAGAUGUUGAGACAUUUCAUGAUAAAGUUGUUGGAAUGUUUGUGAGAAUAAGAAUUUCUGGUAGUUUUCAGAAGCAAGAUAUGUAUAGACUAGUGCAAGUUCUAGGUACUAGCAAAGCUGAACCAUACAAAAUUGGCAAAAGGACAUCCGACAUUAUGCUGGAGAUAUUAAAUCUAAACAAGAAAGAGAUCAUAUCGAUUGAUAUUGUCUCAAAUCAAGAGUUCACCGAGGAAGAAUGCAAGCGGCUUCGCCAGAGUAUCAAAUGUGGUCUUAUCAGCAGGCCGACCGUGGGUGACAUUCUUGAAAAGGCCAUGGAAAUGCAAGCAGCCAGAGUGAAUGAUUGGCUGGAAUCCGAGAUUUUGCGGCUUGGUCAUCUGUGUGAUCGAGCAAGUGAUUUAGGGCGUAGGAAGGAGCUUAGAGAAUGUGUGGAGAAAUUACAGAUUUUGAAGACCCCUGAUGAGCGUCAACGUAGACUGGAGGAAAUUCCUGAAAUACAUGUAGAUCCAAAAAUGGAUCCAAGCUAUGAGUCUGAUGACAAUAGCAGUGAAACUGAUGAAAGUCCAAGAGCCGCUUACAUGGGCUCCGGAGGUUCUGGUUUUAGCAGGAGAGAAAGCGGACUAAUCUCUCCUGGAAGUGAUUAUUCUGCGGUAGAUUCUUGGAGCGGUGCUGGAAAAAAUUCAACUAAGAACUGGGAAUUAAGCAGAAAUCUGUCUGAUAAAAAUAUUUCGAAUGAUGCUAUAAGAAUUGUCGAGAAAGUUAAUGAAAAUUCAUGGAAUCAAGGAAGAGAGCAAGACACAUGCACCCAAGAAUCUAACAAUUUGGAGAAGCCGAGUUCAACUACUAAUUCUGAAUCUGUUGAACUGAAUGUCGCGGUUUCUGCUGUUUCAUUGCUCACUUCCCCAGCACCUGUCUCUGCUGGGCUAGUAGAAACUUCUACUGCCGUCAUGAUCAAUGAAACUGAAAAGGUGUGGCUUUAUCAAGAUCCUUCUGGAAAAGUACAAGGACCAUUUUCCAUAGUGCAGUUACGUAAAUGGAGCAAUACAGGGUACUUCCCCACAGAGCUAAGAAUUUGGAGAAUUGCAGAAAAGCAAGAAGAUUCUAUACUUCUGACUGAUGCUUUGGCAGGGAAGUAUCGGAAAGAGUUACCGGAAGUUGGAAAUAAACUGCAUAAUUCACAUAUUUCGUCUGAUCAUUCUGCCAAGACUCUUGAAACUUCCUUACGCCUGGAUAUGAAGAGAUCGAAUGUUGAACAAAAGCCUGUGCAGAACCCUAAUCUCUCUACUGAAAAAUGUUUUGGAAAUGACUCAUCAAACCUUCCGUCUCUUACACCGAAACAAAGUAAUGGAGGUUGGACUGGAGGAGAACUGGGCCCUCUCCCUGGUGAAACUCAACAUCCUGCUGUCAGUGCAGUGCUCAAGUCACUUGCUGCAGCUUUGCCACAACUUACGACUGAUUCUUCUGCUUCUUCUUCAGUACAGAUUUCUGCUGCUGCUUCCAGUCCAGCAUCUAAACCUGAACAAGUUGGCCGAAAAUCUGUAGAUUUUCGUAAGACACCCAAGCCAACUGUGACUAGUGAACCACAUGCAGUGCAGAUGCAUGGGCAUCUGUGUACCACACAAGAUAUGACCGUCCAGCCAGUUCAAUCUGUUAUUAGUCGAGACUGUCAAGUAGAAACACGUGGUUCGGAUAGUGUUUCUAGUGAGAAGGUAGAGCCUAAUGCUUCUAUUCCACAGUAUGGACAACAAGAAGCUCAUGGUUGGGGUGGAGUUAUGUCAACUGUUCAGAAUUCUGCUGGAAAUUCCUCAAACUCAGGUACCACAGGUAUGCCUCAACCUGAUUUUUGGCAACCUCCGAUUUCUGGCAUUCAAUCCAACAUGCGACCCACUGGGAUGGCAAAUGCCCCUUGCACUGAAAAUACAACCCCUGGCUGGGGUACAAUGCAAGCAAAUCCUAAUGCGACCUGGGGGACUCAAACGCCAGGAAGUAUGAACAUGAACUGGGUACCUGUUCAAGUGCAGCCCACUGGAAAUACCACUUCUAAUUGGGUUGUUCCUGCUGGAAAUUCUGGAGCUACUGUUCAAGGGCCCGUGUCUGGAAAUGCACAUCCUGGUUGGGCUGCAACUCCGAGUUGGGGUGCUCCAAAUGGCAAUACAGGAACAGCAGUUCAACUUCAAGGGCCGGUACCUGGAUGGGGUCCAACGGCAGGAAUAGGAGCACCCAUUCAGGGGCCACCAGUGGGAAUGGGAGCGACACCACCUGGAAAUGGAGCUCUUAUUCAGGGGCCACUGCCUGGAGUUGGAGUUCCUGUUCAGGGGCCAUCACCAACUGGAGUUGGAGCUCCUCUUCAAGGGCUGUCAACUGGAGUAGGUCCUCUUCAAGUGCCACCACAGGGAUUUAUAAAUCAAAAUUGGGGUGCACCAGCUGGGGGCCAGGGUAUGUGGGGUGGCCAGCAAAACCCCAAUGGAGGUCCAUUCUCAGGUGGUUUUAGUGGCGGAAGGCCUUGGAAUGGACAGGCCUCUUUCGGCAUAGGGGGGCCUAGACCUUUUAAUAGGAGGCAGAUAGUAUGUCCUUACAAUGGAAAAGGGCGAUGCAGGAAAGGGGCAUAUUGUGAUUAUCUACAUACCUAA